AUGGACCUGAGGUCUCCUAUGGCAGAGGAGAGGAGAUCCAAUGAGGUGGAUAGGGAAGAACUCAGAGCUGUCAAAUGUGUGGAAUGUAGGAUCAAGCGCGGGCCACAUGCGUGUUCGGAUAGUUUCUGCCAGAGCUUUAAACAAGCAGAAAGCAGCCGGGAAUCUUCAAAGACUCAUGCCAACGUGUCUAAGGAAACUCUGGACACGCUAAAGUAUGUGCCAUACACAGACCAGAAAGCAGUCGCCGCCCAACAACUUCGCAUUGACACGUUGCAAGACCAUGUUAUCAACUUGCAAGAUUCUAUUCAACAAUUCAAUCACUUGAAUGAACAAGUCAGCAUGCAUGAAGAUUUGUUGAAGAUAGCCAAUGAUCAAACGAAACUGCAACAAGAACUCAUGCAAACCCUAUGUGAUGCGCAAUUUUCGACGGCCCAUCAGGUCUCUUCCAUGGCAGACCAGCUUACACGCCUUGAACUACGUGCGCAAUUGACACAGAAAGGACAGCUUGAUGAAAAUGACUCACAGCACCCGGAAUCCGUUACUGGCAGAAGCAGUAGAGCUACUGAUAUCUCUGGUUUUGACUUCCUUUCAGACGAAGAAGCCUCCUGUCAAACUGCUUUGGGUUCGAGUUUUUGA